CUGGUCAAGCUGUUGGACUCACCUGUUCAGACAUUAUCAGGUUGGUGGGAGAGGCCAGCCGAUGUGUCGGGAGACUGGAGAUGAUGUAUCAAGAUGAGUGGAGACCAGUGGUUACAUGGGAUCGUUACUGGGACAUGAACUCAGUUGCUGCUGUUUGUGUUGGACUGGACUGUGGUUCUGCUGUUUCAGUAAGAAAUUCAGAGGAAGCUUCAUUCAGAUCAGUUUGGAAGAUCCAGUCUAACUGUUUGAAGUCAGGAUCUGAAGGAAAGAACUGUGUACCUUAUGGUGUAAUCAGUGAUCAGAGCCAUGAGAUCAUCUGCUCAGACAUCAGGUUGGUGGGAGAGGCCAGCCGAUGUGCCGGGAGACUGGAGAUGUUACAUCAAAAAGAGUGGAGACCAGUGGCUGCUUGGUUUCAUAACUGGGACAUGAACUCAGUUGUUGCAGUUUGUGCUGGACUGGACUGUGGUUCUGCUGUUUCAGCAAGAACGUUAUAUCAAGCUUCAUACAGACCAGCUUGGGGGAUCAAUUCUGGCUGCUUGAAGUCAGGAUCUUCAUUAAAUUACUGUGUACCUUAUGAAGGAGACAAUUAUCAGAGCCAUGAGAUCAUCUGCUCAGACUCAGUCAGGCUGGUUCAAGGGACCAACCGGUGCUCAGGCAGACUGGAGGUGAAGACCAACCAGUCGUGGUCCUCAGUGUGUGAAAAAGACUUUGACCUGCAGGAUGCAGAGGUGGUCUGCAGGGAGAUUGGCUGUGGGCCUCCUUCAGUCCACCAGGGGUCGCUCUAUGGAGAAGCAGAGGCUCCAGUGGGGAGCAGAGAGUUCCUGUGUGAAGGCAGUGAGUCUGCUCUGCUGAACUGCAGCAGCAGGAAGAGUUCAGGUAGAAACAGCUGCUCACCUGGUCAAGCUGUUGGACUCACCUGUUCAGACAACAUCAGGUUGGUGGGAGAGGCCAGCCGAUGUGCCGGGAGACUGGAGUUGUUACAUCAAAAAGAGUGGAGACCAGUGGCUGUUUGGUAUAGUUACUGGGACAUGAACUCAGCUGCUGCAGUUUGUGCUGAACUGGACUGUGGUUCUGCUGUUUCAGUAAGAAAGUCAGAGGAAGCUUCAUGGAGACCAGUUUGGAGGAUCAGGUCUGACUGUUUGCAGUCAGGAUCUGCAUUAAAGAACUGUUUACCUGAUGAUGGAUACAAUUAUCAGAGCCAUGAGAUCAUCUGCUUAGACUCAGUCAGGCUGGUUCAAGGGACCAACCGGUGCUCAGGCAGACUGGAGGUGAAGACCGACCAGUCGUGGUCCUCAGUGUGUGAAAAAGACUUUGACCUGCAGGAUGCAGAGGUGGUCUGCAGGGAGAUUGGCUGUGGGCCUCCUUCAGACUCAGUCAGGCUGGUUCAAGGGACCAACCGGUGCUCAGGCAGACUGGACGUGAAGACCGACCAGUCGUGGUCCUCAGUGUGUGAAAAAGACUUUGAUCUGCAUUAUGCAGAGGUGGUCUGCAGGGAGAUUGGCUAUCAAGACAACAUCAGAGCCGUCAACCGUAAGAUCCCAGCAGGCAGGCAGAGCGCCAGCCCUUGA